AUGAGGAAACUGAGACUUGGUGAAGUGAGGAAACUUGUCCAAAAUCACAAAACUUGUAAAGGCCACAGUCAAGAUUCAGAGCCAGAUUGUAAAAAUUAACAUGAACAAACUACGGCAAAGUUUUAGGAGAAAGAAAGAUGUUUAUGUUCCAGAGGCGAGCCGUCCACAUCAGUGGCAGACAGAUGAAGAAGGAGUCCGUACUGGAAAAUGUAGCUUCCCAGUUAAGUACCUAGGCCAUGUAGAAGUUGAUGAAUCAAGAGGAAUGCACAUCUGUGAAGAUGCUGUAAAAAGAUUGAAAGCUGAAAGGAAGUUCUUCAAAGGCUUCUUUGGAAAAACUGGCAAGAAGGCGGUUAAAGCAGUCCUAUGGGUAUCAGCAGAUGGACUUAGAGUUGUGGAUGAAAAAACUAAGGACCUCAUAGUAGACCAGACAAUAGAAAAAGUUUCUUUCUGUGCCCCAGACAGAAACUUUGAUAGAGCCUUCUCUUAUAUAUGCCGUGAUGGCACCACUCGACGCUGGAUCUGUCAUUGCUUCAUGGCUGUGAAGGACACGGGUGAAAGACUGAGCCAUGCAGUAGGUUGUGCUUUCGCUGCCUGUUUAGAACGUAAGCAGAAGCGGGAGAAGGAAUGUGGAGUGACUGCUACUUUUGAUGCUAGUCGGACCACUUUCACAAGAGAAGGAUCAUUCCGUGUCACAACGGCCACUGAACAAGCAGAAAGAGAGGAAAUUAUGAAGCAAAUCCAAGAUGCCAAGAAAGCUGAAACAGAUAAAGCAAUUGUUGGCUCAUCAGUGGCCCCUGGCAAUACUGCCCCAUCCCCAUCCUCUCCCACAUCUCCCACUUUGGACACCACUGCCUCGCUGGAGAUGAACAAUCCUCAUGCCAUCCCACGCCGGCAUGCGCCAAUUGAACAACUUGCCCGCCAAGGCUCUUUCCGAGGAUUUCCUGCUCUUAGCCAGAAGAUGUCACCCUUUAAACGCCAGCUAUCUUUGCGCAUCAAUGAGUUGCCUUCCACUAUGCAGAGGAAGACUGAUUUCCCCACCAAAAAUUCAGUGCCAGAGGUAGAAGGGGAAGCAGAGAGCAUCAGCUCCCUGUGUUCACAGAUCACCAAUGCCUUCAGCACACCUUCUGAGGAUCCUUUCUCUUCAGCCCCAAUGACCAAGCCAGUGACAGCAGUGGCACCACAGUCUCCUGCCUUUCAAGCUAAUGGCACUGACUCUGCCUCCCAUGUGCUUGCUGCUAAGUCAGCCCAUACUGCUCUAGCACCUGUAGCAAUGCCUGUGCGUGAAACCAACCCUUGGGCCCAUGCCCCUGAUGCUAACAAGGAAAUUGCAGCCAUAUAUUCGGGAACCGAAUGGGGUCACUCUUCUGGUGCUGCCUCUCCAAGUCUGUUCCAGGCAGGUCACAGACGCACUCCUUCUGAGGCAGACCGCUGGUUAGAAGAGGUAUCCAAGAGUGUGCGAGUUCAGCAGCCUCAGGCCUCAGCUGGCCCCCUGCAGCCAGUUCUCCAGCCUCCUCCACCUACUGCCAUCUCCCAGCCAGCACCUCAUUUCCAAGGGAAUGCAUUCCUCACCUCUCAGCCUGUGCCAGUCGGUGUGGUCCCACCCCUGCAGCCCGCCUUUGUCCCUGCCCAGUCCUACCCUGUGGCCAACGGGAUGACCUAUCCAGCUUCUAAUGUGCCUGUGGUGGGCAUCACUCCCUCUCAGAUGGUAGCCAAUGUAUUUGGCACUGCAGGCCAUCCUCAGGCCACCCAUCCCCAUCAGUCACCCAGCCUGAUCAAGCAGCAGACAUUCCCUCAGUACGAGACAAGCAGUGCUUCCACCAGUCCCUUCUCUAAGCCUCCUGCUCAGCACCUCAACGGUUCUGCAGCUUUCAAUGGCGUAGACAAUAGCAGGUUGGCCUCAGGAGACAAGCACACCGAGGUUCCUGCAGGCGCCUGCCCUGUGGAUCCUUUCGAAGUGCAGUGGGCUGCAUUAGAAAGCAAGUCCAAGCAGCGCACUAACCCAUCCCCCACCAACCCUUUCUCCAGUGACUUACAGAAGACAUUUGAAAUUGAACUUUAAGCAGUCCUUAUGGCUUUCUGUAUCUUGUUCAUACUUAGGCAAGGGUUGGAGUAUGGAGGGCAGCCGUACAGGGAACUUUGUCUUCCUGAUAAGUACACAAUUUUGGUAAUCCCAAAGGUCCCCCACAAAAAGUCCAGUCACAGUAUGGUUAGGGGUGAUUUUGAAAGAAGGGGAGAAAUCCAUUCCUUAGAAAAAAGAGCUGUCUUGCAGUUAGGCUUAGGAAGCCAAGGAAAUAUUGCCCUCUGUCCUCCCUCAUCUCUUUACAAGUCUCUGGAAACAGAGAGGCAGAAGUAUCUAAACAGGAAUCUAUAUACAAAGCACAUUUACUGGAAUAUUAAAAAUUACAGCAGGAAGCAAAACUAUCUCCUUUUGUUUGGCAGGCCAUUCCUUGCCUCCUCAGCACAGGCCUGCCUUAGAGAUGGAGAGCCAGUGGCUUAGGCUCGCCUGGCUCACAGUGGCAGGCUGUGUUGCCAGGGGCCCGGGAGGGCACGAGUCGCUAUCCAGCAGAGUGAUAUUUUGGAGAUAAAGUUGAGCUUCCAUUUUGAGUAACAGAAUAAAUAUUAUAAAUAUAUAUCAAAAAAAGCCAAAAUCUUUAUUUUUAUGCAUUUAGAAUAUUUUAAAUAGUUCUCAAUAUUAAAAAGUUGUACGAGUUGUAAGUAAUCUUGCCAAAGGUAAAGGGGUUUUAACUGUAAGAAAUUGUACAUAAGAUUGAUUUAUCAUUGAUGCCUAUUGAAAUAAAACGAGGAAAGUUUGGAGAUGGCAGACGGGAUCCCUGGCUUGUUUGGUAUCUUUCACUGUAAGUAGCACAUUGCAGCAACAAUCAUGCUUAGGACCAAUACAGUCUCUAGGUGGUAGUUUUAGAUAAAGAAAAUGAAAGAGCAGUAUUGUCCUGGUUUUAAACCUACUACAAAAAUCUAAUGUCAUUGUUCUAAUGGAUCAAUCUAAAUAUGCUCUGUAGAGAAUAUGUAUUUUUCUUACGUUAAUCUUUUACAUUUUUUUUUUAACACUAAGGUGACAAUUACAUCAUCAUAUCCACAGAAAGAAACACAAGUUAUUUGGUUUUGUUUUUGUCACUAAAAUGUUACCCCACGUUUCAUGGGGCUGGAGAUUGUGGUUAUUAGCUUUGUUUAUGUUUCCCCCUCAGUUCUGAUUAAUAAAAAUCCCAUUGCCAGUUGCAGCCACUUGACCUCUGGUAACAUGAGAUCCCAUCUCAUUUUUACUUUUAAACGUUGGCCUUACAAUCAAAUGUAAGUUAUAUAUAUUUGUACUGAUGAGAAUUUAUAAUCUGCUUUAACAAAAAUAAAUGUUCGUGGUAGAA